CGGAGGAGGAAGGGAAGGCAGAGAAACCAGGGGAGGUCUGACGACACCAGCUCAGCUUGCCCGGCACCUAUUUUAAAUGCACAGAUUGAUAAAUGCAAGCACACAGUGUGGCUUUCAUUUCCUGGAGGAACCUCAAGAUAUAUAACCAAGCUGUCACAUUACAAGACAUGUGUGCAACUUUUCCUGCCAGGAUAAAAACUUAAAGGAAGUCUGGAAACUUAGCACGUGUAAGUGUCUACGGUGAGAGAAGCAGUAGCUGUCAAUGCUGGAGGUCCAAUCUCAGGAUGGAUGACACAGGCUAACAAUGUUCUUCACCACUUUUUGAUCCAGCUUUAAAGGGAACAUCCACCCAAACAAAGAAGGACCGGUUUAAGAUAUAAUAACUUAAUUCACCUACAACCUUUACCCCUGGCUGAUAUGAUGCUGUGGUACAACUUUGGCCGGCACUUGCUCUCGCUGGCUGCAUUUCUGGUGAUUGUGAGCUGUGGAGGAGGAGAGCAGCGGAGAGGGACGGAAAGCAGCAGCACAGGUGGCAGCAGCAGCAGUAGUAGCAGUAGCAGCAGUAGUGGAGGAAGUGGUAACAACAAUUACAACAACAGACGCUUUCAUAAGAUCCAGCAUGGCCAGUGCACCUACACGUUCAUCCUACCUGAGGGAGAGGGAGCCAGAGGAGGCUCCUGCAGGGAGGCGAAAGCCGGUAGCCCGCAGCACAACUCUCUCCAGAGAGACGCUCCGCCAACUGAGACAGAGUUUCCCAGCCAGAAGAUCGAGCAGCUCGAGCACAUUAUGGAGAAUUAUACCCAGUGGCUACAGAAGAUUGAGAACUACAUCAAAGAGAGCAUGAAGACAGAGAUGGCUCAACUGCAGCAGAGCGCCGUCCACAACCACACAGCAGCCAUGUUGGAAAUGGGCACCAACCUUCUUUCUCAGACGGCUGAACAGACACGCAAGCUGACUGACGUUGAGACGCAGGUUCUGAAUCAGACAUCCAGGCUUGAGAUCCAGCUGCUGGAAAAUUCUCUUUCCACUAACAAGUUGGAGAAAGAGUUAAUGGUCCAGACCAACGAGAUCAGCAAGCUGCAUGACAAGAACAGCCUCUUGGAGCAGAAGAUGUUAGAAAUGGAGAUGCGGCAUCGUGAAGAACUGGAGACGCUGAAGCAGGAGAAGGGGAGUCUCCAGACCCUGGUGGGGAGGCAGAGCGGGGUUAUCGGGGAGCUAGAAGUCCAGCUAAACCGGGCCUCAGGAAACGGCACUGCCCUGCAGAGACAGCAGCAGGAGAUGAUGGAUACCGUCCACAACCUGCUCAACCUCUGCUCCAAAGAUGGAGUUGUGCCUAAUAGCACAAAGGUCGUGGACGAAGAGAAGAAGUUCCGGGACUGUGCCGACCUCUACCAGGCAGGCUUUCAUAAGAACGGAGUCUACACCAUCCAGAUCAACCCUCAGGAAACCAAAAAGGUGUAUUGCAACAUGGAAACAGCCGGUGGUGGAUGGACGGUCAUCCAGCGCAGAGAAGACGGCAGUGUGGACUUCCAGAAAACGUGGAAGGAGUACAAGAUGGGUUUUGGGAUCUUGUCUGCAGAGCACUGGUUGGGGAAUGAGUAUGUUUACCAGUUGACCCGCCAGAGGCAGUAUGCCCUCCGCGUAGAGCUGACAGACUGGGACUCACACCAGGCUUUCUCACUAUAUGACCGCUUCCAAAUCGGCAGUGAGAAACAAAACUACAGGUUGUUCCUGAAAAGCCACAGUGGGACUGCAGGCAGACAGAGCAGCCUAGUGAUCCACGGAGCAGACUUCAGCACCAAGGACAUGGACAACGACAACUGCAUGUGCAAGUGUGCCCUCAUGCUCACCGGUGGUUGGUGGUUUGAUGCCUGUGGCCCGUCCAACCUUAACGGCAUGUACUUCACCCAAGGACAACACGUAGGGAAGUUGAACGGUAUCAAGUGGCACUACUUCAAGGGUCCCAGCUACUCGCUACGAGCCACGGCCAUGAUGAUCCGCCCCCUGGACUUCUCCUAGUCUUUUGAACUUUUACCCUCGAAACAGCUAUGUAGCACAUUAGAGGGACGCUUCCUAUUUUAUCCUCUUGUCUCAUCUCAUUUCGCUGACUAUAGGAGUCAUCCAAUAAAUCUUUUUUUAUUCAACCUGGUUCUUCCCCAGAACAGCGGCUAUUGCUGUUCUACUGUUGCGUCCUAACCUUUCCCCCGAAUGAACUGAAAGUCAGCCAUGAGGAGAAAGAAAGAUGUGAUUCACCUGAACUGUUUUCUGCUUCCACGCAGAUUCACAAACUUGAAGUUAUUUAAGGACAAAUGCGUUCAGGUGGGUUAUCGCUCCCCUGGAAUUUGUACACAUUUUGAGCAUGCUAAAACGUCAGCUGGUAGGAAAAUUCGAGCAAAAUUCAAGCAAUCUUUUCCAUUUUCCUGGGGACCUGCGUUGUAAUAAUACGCAGGACUGGAACUCCUAUGAAUGGAAAGCAGCACUGACUCUUAAACUGCGGGGCAGAACUUAUCUGGAACGCUCGAUUGAGACGAAUGCGAGAUAUUGCUUUUUUUUUUUUAUGUUGCUCAUGGAACUCAGCCCAUAAAUAUUACCAUUGUAUUAUACAUUGUGUUUUUUAAUAUUGUUUUUGUUAUCCCAACUAUACACAGUAUCCAAAAUGAGAUAACAUUGUCUUUUGUACUGUACAGUGUACUGAAUUUCUCUCUGCAUUAUGUAUAAAACCCACACUCAGCUUUAAGGUGACCUUGAAAUUCAAGCAAUGAGUUGGUAAUAGUUACAAUGGUCAUUUGCCGUAUUUGCUGGCAAGCACACACUAGCUGUCUUGACAGAGUGUGAGGAUUUCUGGAGUUCAAUAUGUUUGGAUUAUUAUUGGACUAGAUUCUGGACUGAGAUCCACGUGCCUUUAUUAUUGGCUGAGAAAUGACUAAUACCAGCCAAGGUUCAGAUUGUGAGUGAUCACCUUAAAUCUGCUGAAUCUGAACAUGAAAAACAUUAAUACAGAUGCACAUAAUUAGUGGUAUAUAACAAUUCUAGCUGUGUGCAGAUGAUGGGGGAGAAUGCACACUUGCAUAUACAACAAGUAAUACACAGAUAUAUAUAUAGUAUACUCCUGAGUGUAAUGAUGAAGUGCCACGUCAUGAUCCUUCCAUAUUUACAAAAAUGUAAAUGCUUAUAUUAAGCUGGUGUCCCACGUGUACAAAACUCACAAAGAAUGAGGUCAAAGUUCAUAUUACUGAAACGUAUUUCCAACUGUAGAGGACAUUAUAAAACCUGUAGGACUGCUGCUAAUUCUUACUGUAAGACAAAGAGCAGAUCAUUAGGACGAGUUACAUUCAAAAUAUUUUUCACAGACAUCCACACGACACGUGUUCAGACCGUUUCUGUUUCUCAUCAAUGCAGCUUUGGAGAAAAAAAAGGGCUUGAGUUAGAUAAGAAGUAAGAAAUUAAUGAUUCCACCAAGUAGUGUGAAGUACAUAUUUCAUAACUUCCAUCUUUGUACAACAGACUCUACUGUGGAGUAUUUACUAAAGGUACAUGUGGCAAGAAGAUAGUGUAUCUGGAACUUGUAAAACUACAAUUUACAUGUUUAUUAGCAUACUAAAAUUGCAUAAUAUGAUGUGUGUGUACGCAAAGCAGCUUUCCUGAGGAAAGCUAUUCUUUUUUCUUCAGUUUUUACUCUGCCAGAAGUACAAUGGUGUUUUGAAGUUGAGCAUAAAACAUAGAAACUAAGAUAAUAACCCUGGAGAAAUGUGCCUUUGAUAACUCUGCUUUUACCUCAUUGAAUUCCAGAUUUGCAGAUUUAUUUAAACAUCUUUUGUAACAUGUGGUCAGUGUUGUGUUGCCAGACUAAAUAAAAGAAAAAAAUGUUUUCAAUAA